AUGAGCUACAGGAUUUCCCAUGCUAAACCUCAAACGUUAUGAAGACUCUGGAGAGGGGCACGAGCUGUACAUUGCAGUAUCAACAGACAGACCACAAUACCUGGCUGAACUGUUAGGUCAAGAGACAUACAAGAAAUUGAUUGACAGCCGUAGUGGUUGGGGAAUUUCAGUGACCCCAUUACAUCUAGCUGCUUCUCGCGGGUCCAUGGAGUGUUUAGAAAUUCUCUUGUCUCAUGGAGCAGAUGUGGACAGUCUGGAUGUGAAGGCCCAGACGCCUCUCUUUUCUGCAGUCUCUGCAGGCCAUUUUAACUGUGUGAAAGUUUUGUUAAAAGCUGGAGCCAACCCUCGUGGUAGUCUUUAUAAUAAUAGUUCCCCAGUCUUAAUGGCAGCUCGGGAUGGUAGGACCAACAUCCUUAGGGAGCUUAUGGACUAUGGAGCACCAGCCAAUGUGAGGUCAAAAAAAACCAUCUUGCAUUGCACAAAUGCAGCUUUCAUUGGACCGUUAUACAUUUCAGCUUUGUAUGGGCACCUGGAAUGUUUCAAAACAUUGCUUCUAUAUGGGGCUAAUCCAGACUACAAUUGUACAGAAGUGAAAGUCAUUGAAGGAAUGAAGCCGUCUAAUUCAGUGCUAGAGUUCUGUCUCAAACAUGGCUGUGAGAUAUCCUUUAUAAAACUACUUAUUGAUUUUGGUGCUAACGUGUACUUGGUUGACACUAAUACUAACACGAUAUCUUGGAGGAAUGAUGCAGUGGAGCUUCUUAUGAAAGAAAGGGCUCGCCCCAGAUCGCUGAUGUCUCAAGCGCGUUUGACCAUAAGGAAGUUUUUGAGAGAAGGGGGAAAUAUACAUGUCAUUGGCCAGCUUGAGGUUCCUCCAAUGAUAAAGCGAUAUUUACAGCACCAGGCUUGACAAAAAAUGUAAAUAGAAAAGAUUGCAUUAAAAAUAACGCACCUGGACCUUUUAAAAGAAUAUAUAUAUAUAUACAUUUAAAGA